AUGGAUGACGCCGCGUCUGAUUUGUGUGACGCCCUGACGGACCUGCUCAAUCUCGUUUUUGCUGGCAAAGUACCCAAGGAUGUUAUUCCCUUGCUCUGUGGCGCUCGACUCAUUGCCCUACGCAAAAAGGACGGAGGUCUGCGUCCAAUUGCCGUUGGAAAUGUAUACCGUCGCAUUGCUGCCAAGGCGGUGGAUAUCCGAAUUAGGACAGUAACAUCGGAGAUUCUCCAACCGCACCAACUUGGCUCAGGAGUGAAGAGAGGAGUUGAAGGAAUUAUCCACGGAACCAGAGACUUUCUCCUUCAAUACAGCGGUGACGUUAAGGCUCUUCUCAAAAUUGAUUUCACCAACGCUUUCAACUGCGUGUCGCGCAAAGAAGUAUUGCGGAUAAUAGCCGACAUCAUUCCGGAAUACUAUGCCUUUAUAAAAAUGUGUUACGGUGCACAUUCCUCAGUAUUCCUAGGAGAUGCAGUCAUUUCCUCUCAGUCUGGCGUGCAACAAGGGGAUCCUCUCGGACCAGUUUUGUUUUGCUUGGUACUGCAGUUUAUUGUCAACAAACUGAACACCUACCUGAACGCGUGGUAUACGGAUGCUGGUACGCUAGGAGGAUCGCCAUCGGACGUGAUUCGUAAUUUCCUGCUGCUGAUAGAGAAAGCCAAAACUAUUGGACUAGAAGUAAACAUUGCGAAGUGCGAAGUUUUCUUGUGCGGUGGCACGGAAGCACAGCGUACAUCGGCCGCUUACGACUUCACCAAUUUGUUCCCUGGGAUAGCCAUUGUAUCAGCUGAUAAACUGAACUUGCUCGGCUCUUCUCUUCUACCAGCCGCCGUAAUCCCGAUGAUCAAUGAUAAAAUCAGCCAGCUCGGUGUUAUGUGCGGCCGCUUGCAGCUAAUUCCUAAACACCAAGCGCUAUUCCUGUUGAAGAAUUGCCUAGGAGUGCCGAAAAUUGUUCACAUAUUGCGCACCUCCCUCGCAUGGAUGUUUCCACAAGAGCUAUACAGACUCGACCAGGUAUUUCGCGAGGCGGUCGAAACAAUUACCAAUGUCAGGAUGGACCACCCAACAUGGCUCCAGGCCUGCCUUCCUGUUCGUUUCGGCGGUUUGGGAAUCAGACGCACCGAGAAGCUAGCUUUCUCUGCCUACUUAGCAUCGGCUUCUUCGUUGCACCAACUGAUUUCCAGAUUAUGCCCGACACUGACAGCAACGGAUGUCACCGUCGCCACGCGAGCCUGGAAGUUAGAGGCCGACACUGACGAACUUCCGCCGGAGGCUUUCCGACACGUCCAGAAAGCUUGGGACACCCCUACAACCCUGCAAACAUUUUCGAGGCUAACCGCACUACGGACUUCACAGGAGGAAGUCGCGCAUCUCAAGGCGGUAUCAGUCCCGGAAGCAGGCGUGUGGAUCCAUGCAUUAUCGGCAGCUUGCCUUGGUAAUCUGUUGGAAGACAACGCUUUUCGCAUAAGUGUUGCGCUGCGUCUGGGAGCACCGAUCGUUACUCCACAUGUGUGCGUUUGUGGUGGGCUGGUCGACGAGCUAGGCCGGCACGGACUUCGCUGUAAGCGGUCCGCCGGAAGACUACCUCGACACGACGGAAUCAGCGCAAAAAUUACCCGGGGCCUGAAAUCAGCUGGCUUCCCUUCGAGAAUGGAACCAAAAGGUCUAUCCGUGAAAGAUAAUAAGAGGCCGGAUGUGAUCACCCUUAUUCCGUGGAACCGCGGAAAACCGUUGGCGGUGGAUGUUACCUGUGUGGACACGCUGGCGGCCUCAUAUAUCGACCGCACUUCCGUGACUGUCGGCGCGGCAGCUGAACUCGCGGAAAGGGAAAGCUAG